AUCCUCCCGUCUCUCCUUCCUCCCCCUCGUAAUCGAAUUCACAGAGAAAAGAGAAGAGAAGAGAGACCCAAUUGGCCAAUUCCAUUCCUUCCAAUCCAAACAGAGAACCUUCUCCUUCCUCCAGCAAAAAUAUCCUUCCUUUUCCUUCUCGUGUCUCAUACCCAGACAAAAAACUGAAAAAGAAAAGAAACAGUUGCUGAUUCUUUGGUUUCCCACUCUGUUUGGGUUCCUUUCCUUUUUCCCUUUUUUUAAUUCCCGUAGAUUCUUAACUUUCCUUCCUCAAUUCUCCCUUUUCCUCCCUCCACCCCACUUUCCCCUUGCUCGCGCUUUGUCUUCAGAUAAUUCCUUCGAAUUUCCGUCUUCCGAUUCCGGCAAUCCGUUGGGAAUUCUGGCGAUUGCCGCGUCGGAAUCGAUGCUGGGUCUCUGAAUUUCGGGGAGCAGAAACAGAGAUAUAUCAGAUAAAAGGAAGAAUAUCUUUUUGUUUAUACAUAGGAAAACGGUGGAGAAAGGUUGUUUUGUAUUUUGGGAAGCUGGGUAUCGAAGCAGAAUUGCGGUAGGUUGGUUUGUGUAUCUACUUUUCGGGAGGGGAGAUGGACAAGUACGAGCUAGUGAAAGACAUAGGAUCUGGCAAUUUCGGGAUUGCCAGGCUGAUGAGGAACAAGCAGACCAGAGAGCUCGUCGCCAUGAAGUAUAUUGAGCGUGGCCCUAAGGUACCGCGUCUUAAAUUCUUUCCCCUGUUUUUCAUUAUGAUAUGCUUCGAUACCUGUGCUUCUGCUAGUUCUAUUUUACGCGCGAACCUCAAAAGACGGUAGGAUCAGUGUACACAAGGAGAAAGGGAAGGAGAAUUGUUUGAUGGCAGCACGGGAUGGGUUAUGAUUGAAUUACUUGUUACAGAUUGAUGAGAAUGUGGCAAGAGAGAUUAUAAAUCACAGAUCGCUUCGCCAUCCUAACAUAAUUCGCUUCAAGGAGCUGGUUUUGACUCCAACCCAUCUAUCUAUAGUGAUGGAGUAUGCUGCUGGUGGGGAGCUGUUUGAGCGCAUCUGUAAUGCUGGAAGAUUCAGCGAAGAUGAGGCUAGGUACUUCUUCCAACAGCUUAUUUCAGGCGUCAGCUACUGCCAUUCCAUGCAAAUAUGUCAUCGAGAUUUGAAGCUAGAAAAUACAUUGCUGGAUGGAAGCCCAGCACCACGGUUGAAGAUAUGUGAUUUUGGUUAUUCAAAGUCCUCUUUACUUCAUUCAAGACCAAAAUCAACUGUUGGGACGCCAGCAUAUAUUGCUCCAGAGGUUCUUUCUCGCAGAGAAUAUGAUGGCAAGCUGGCAGAUGUAUGGUCAUGUGGAGUAACACUCUAUGUUAUGCUGGUGGGAGCAUAUCCUUUUGAGGACCAGGAUGACCCAAAGAACUUCAGAAAAACAAUCAACAGAAUAAUGGCUGUUCAAUACAAGAUCCCAGACUAUGUACACAUAUCGCAAGAUUGCAGGCACCUCAUUUCCCGGAUAUUUGUUGCAAAUCCACUCAAGAGGGUCACAAUCAAAGAAAUCAAGAGCCACCCCUGGUUUCUGAAGAAUCUCCCUAGAGAACUGACCGAAGCAGCCCAAACCAUGUACUACAGGAAAGAGAAUCCAGCCUUCUCCCUACAAACCGUGGAAGAGAUAAUGAAAAUCGUGGAAGAGGCCAAAGUUCCUGCGAAAGUAUCGAGAUCAAUCGGGACCUUUGGCUGGGGAGCAGAAGAUGAAGAAGAUGAGGAGGACACGAAGGAAGAAGAGCCUGAACCUGAGACCGAGGAAGAAGCAGGACGAGGAGGAGGCGGAGAUGAGUACGAAAAGAGGGUUAAGGAGGCACAAGCCAGUGGCGAGUUCCGUGUUAGCUAAGUCAUAUGAUAUCUAGUUUGCACUUUGGGGAAGUAUGGAAAUCUAAAAUGUGUUUUUUUCUUGUUUUACCUCUAUAAUAGGAUUGUCAUGGAGAGUCUGUAUAAAACGACCUGUGUAAUUUAGAAUCCUCCCCUUUGGUGCAUGUGUGGUAAUAAGCUGUAUUUGUAAAUUGUAGCGGUUUUUGGGUAUUGGCAGACAGACAGACAGGCAGGCAGUGUGUGAGAGAUCUGCUGUACGGGAAAUAGGGUUUAUGUUUGUGCUGGAUUAUGCAAGACAGCUUCUGGUGUUGCUUGUUGGCUUGCUGUGUUCAUUUUUGGUGUCUGUCAGACUUUUUACAGAAUGUUACGAGUCAAAUAGUUAAUACUGAAUGGUACAGGCGUAUAGCCGUAUAGGUUUAUAUGGAAAA